AUGCCCCAGCAAUCGCAGCCUAACCUUACUCCUCAGGCCCUGGUGGCGCUUUUAGAGGUGCUUAAUGUGCUUAAUUUGAACACCAACAAUGCCAGCACAUCCACCCCUGCAUCCACCUCUGCUCCUGGAGAGCCAGAGGGUGAACCGGCUCCUGCUCCUGUUGCUGAGUCAACUCAGGGAGCCGUCGCUGGUUCCACUGUCACCAGUCCCUCCCUUGCCCAAGCUCCAGUAACCUCCGGUGCUUCCUCCAACAUGCCUGGUGUGGUGUUGCAUCCAUUCACUAGAAUCCCCCUCCUGCCAUCUAUGCAGCCAGGCAGAUGGUUGUCAUCCUCUCAUGUCCCUCCUACCCAACAGCCACCAGUGCAAGUCCACUCUGGCUUCCAUUGUUCACACUGUGGUGCAUUCAAUCCCACUGUUGGGCAGUCCAGUGAAGCAUGGUAUGUCGUUACUGCGGGCCAUGAGGUUGAUAUAUUCUUCAAUUGGGAAGUCAUUCAGCCCUUGGUGUCUGGUGUUGCACAUGCAUGCCAUCGCAAGUAUAAGACGCAUGCAGAGGCCAAGGAGGCAUUCCAGAUGGCACUCAGCCAGGGCAAAGUCUGUGUUCUUUGA